CAAAAAAAUUGGGGAAAAACUUGCUGCGGGAGAAGGACUACCUAAAGCGUAGGUUUGAAAGUAUCCUACUCCCAAAACGUAGAGAAAAUUAUAGUUGUAGAGAAAGACAUUUUUACUUUCUGUCGGUGUCUGCAUAUUCGGAUAUAUUUUGUAACCACGGCUUCAAAAGUGGAGACCGUUUUUUCUUUGCUAUCCUUGCAUUUCUUUAAACGAGAAAUGGAAGAGGGCUCAAGUUCUCCCAUCUCCCCUGUGGAUAGCCUACUGACCAGUGAGGAUGAAUUGGACAGACAACAGAAACGAUUUGGAAGGAAGAGGAGACACAGUAAAAAGUCGAGCGAGGACAGCAGUCCCGGUAACGUGAAACGGGGCAAAAAACCGAGUCCGAGCAGCAGCACUCAGUCCUACGAGGAGUUGCAGAACCAGCGGUGCCUGGCCAACGUCAGGGAGAGGCAAAGGACACAGUCGCUCAACGAAGCCUUCUCGUCUUUACGCAAAAUUAUCCCCACGCUACCCUCGGAUAAACUGAGCAAGAUCCAGACACUAAAACUUGCCUCCAGAUACAUAGACUUCCUCUAUCAGGUGCUGCAAAGCGACGAGAUGGACAAUAAGAUGUCGAGCUGCAGCUAUGUUGCGCACGAGAGACUCAGUUACGCUUUCUCCGUGUGGCGGAUGGAGGGCGCGUGGUCAAUGUCUGCAUCUCAUUAGCACCCAAAGCCCUUCACUCAAUGCCAAAGCGAAUGUUUACUUCUACAAAGUAUGAAGACACCAAAGGAUCUUCAGAAACAUGGUCAAGAGGCGUAAUGUGGCACACAACUCUCCUGGAGUGCUUUGAGUGCAAUUACCUAACACUUGGAACAGUGUGCGAAGGAGUGAAGUUAACCCUGAAAAGUUGCAUACUCAGACAGUGUUGUAAGACGCUUCUCGUGUCUGCUGCUGGCGCAUUAUCACGUUGUUUUAAUGUCGGAAUGGUGAUGAUAGUAGGAAAAGCCAUCUUUUAUCUUUUUUGGGAAAUUAUAUUUCGUUCUGUUUUUAAAAACUCUAAAUAGAAGUAUAUAUAAAUGUUUCGUAUUGUACAUAGGCCUACCUGUAUGAAUCUUCAGCUUGUAAAGGGACCAAUGCAAUUUAGAAUACGUUCUUGGAGUACGCUGCAUGGAUUUUUCCAGAUUUGACUUAUAAGCAAGUCUUUCAACUCUGUCCAAUGUAAAAAAAUAAAUACACUUAUUUAUUAAAACACAUAUUUUGAACAAUGUAGUUGAGCCUUUUGAUUUAUGUUUCCAUAGAAUACCAUAGCAGUUGUACCAUAUCACAGAUAUCCAUUUCAGACAGAAGAUGUGGAAUAUUAUGCUACCUGUAAAAAAUAAUAUAUAAGGCAAUGUUUAUAUGACUCUCUUUCGAACAGCCCCUUAUUUACCACAUGCUUGCAGGUAUAUCCAUUUUAUACAUAUCAGUGGGUAACUGGCAAA